AUGAAGCUGCCUUAUGAGUUUAUGAGUGUAUUGACUAAAAACUACCAGCACCUUUUGGCCUUGGUAUUUGCUGCGGAGGAGAUCAAUGAAAACCACCAGAUCUUACCCAAUGUCACUUUGGGCUUCAACAUCUAUGACAGCUAUUUUGAUGCACAGCGCACUUACCAUGCCACACUGGAACUUCUUUCCACACAAAGCAGUUUCAUCCCCAACUACAAGUGUGGUAUCCAAAACAACUUGAUAUCAGUCAUCGGAGCCCUUUACACGAAAACCUCCCUCAAUAUAGCAGAAGUGCUGGGCAUCUAUAAAGUUCCACAGAUUUAUCAAAGAACUUGGGACAUACAAGCCAUCCAUGGUGCUCUGUCCUUCACAGUUCAUUCAAAUGAAGUGCGAGGAUUCCAAGAUUUCCUCCAGACCAGGAGCCACUUUGGGACAAAAGAAGAUGGAUUUGUCCAUGAUUUCUGGGAACAGGCAUUUGACUGUGUAUUUCCAAAUACAUUUGUUAGCAAAGAAAGGGAGAAAACCUGCACUGGAGCAGAGAAGCUGGAGAGCCUUUCAGGAUUACUGUUUGAAAUUAACAUGAUUGGCCAGAGCUACAACAUCUACAAUGCUGUCUAUGCUGUGGCACAUGCUUUACAUGCCAUGCAGUCGUUCCAGCACAAACACAGAGCAAGGCUCGAUAGAAGGAUACUGAAACUUCAGGAUCCACAGUCAUGGCAGCUCCACCACAUUCUAAGUAAUGUCUCUUUUAACAACAGUGCUGGGGACAAGAUUUCCUUUGACCAGAACGGAGAACUGAUAGAGGGAUUUGAUAUUGUAAACUGGUUCAUUUUCCCCAACCAGUCCUUCCUCAGAGUGAAAGUAGGAAGACUGGAUCCCCGUGCUUCCCAAGACAACAUGCUCACCAUUCAUGAUGAAUCCAUCACAUGGCACAGAAGUUUUAACCAGACAUUGCCUUUUUCUGUGUGUACUGAGAGCUGCCAACCGGGUUACAGCAAGAAAAGGCAGGAAGGGAAGCCAUUUUGUUGUUAUGACUGUAUCCUAUGUCCAGAAGGAAAGGUUUCAAACCAGAAAGACAUGGAUGACUGCGUUAAAUGCCCGGAAGAUCAAUAUCCAAACCAGGUCAAGAACUCAUGCCUUCUAAAGCACAGAAGCUUCUUGUCUUACGAAGACUCCCUGGGGAUCACUUUGGCCAUUUUGGUGCUUUUGUUUUCCUGGCUCACUCUUUUGGUAUUAGGAAGCUUUAUGAAGUACCACAACACUCCCAUUGUCAAAGCCAACAACCGCAACCUCACCUAUGCUCUCCUCAUCUCCAUCCUGCUCUGCUUUCUUUGUUCCUUGCUAUUCAUUGGGCAGCCUAGGAUGGUGACAUGCCUCGCCCAGCAAAUGACUUUUGGCAUCAUCUUCUCAGUGGCUGUAUCGUGUGUGCUGGCAAAGACUCUCAUUGUGGUUCUGGCUUUUACGACCACCAAGCCUGGAUCCAGGAUGAGGAAAUGGGUGGGGAAACCCUUAGCCAGCUGCAUUGUUCUUUCCUGCUCCCUUAUCCAAGUGGGUAUUUGUGUGGUAUGGUUGGGAGUCUCUCCCCCAUUUCCAGAUGUUGACAUGCAUUCAUCGACUGAAGAAAUGAUCUUGAAGUGUAAUGAGGGAUCACCUACCAUGUUUUACUGUGUCCUGGGCUAUAUGGGCUUCCUGGCCAGUAUCAGUUUCAUGGUGGCUUUCCUUGCCAGGAAGUUACCAGACAGUUUUAAUGAAGCCAAGUUUAUCACUUUCAGUAUGCUGGUGUUUUGCAGUGUGUGGUUAUCCUUUGUUCCAACUUACCUGAGUACCAGGGGGAAAUAUAUGGUAGCUGUGGAGAUUUUUUCUAUUGUGACCUCUAGUGCUGGGCUUCUUGGUUGCAUCUUUUCUCCCAAAUGUUACAUCAUUUUGUUUCAACCUGAGCUGAACAACAGGGAACAGUUAAUAAGGAGAAAGAUCUAA